CCUGGGGAGCGCGCCCGGAGAGCCAAGAGGGAGGAGCGCGGGGAUCUCCGACAGCCGCCUGCCCGCCCCCGCGCCGCCCGCGCGCAACAGUUCCCCCAAAGUUGCAGCCCGGGAGGCGGGCGCGCACGGGCGGCCGAGGGACUGGUGGCCAGCGGGGACGCGGCCUCGAGGCCCAGCGCGGAGAGUCCCGGCGGGCGGCGGCGGCGGCGGCGGCGGCGGCGGCGGCAUGGGCACCCGGCAGACCAAAGGCAGUCUGGCGGAGAGAGCCAGCCCCGGCGCCGCGCCGGGCCCCCGUCGCGAACGGCCCGACUUCUGGGCGUCGCUGCUGCUGCGCGCCGGGGACAAGGCGGGGCGCGCGGGCGCGGGGAUGCCCCCCUACCACCGGCGCGUCGGCAUGGUCCAGGAGCUGCUGCGGAUGGUGCGCCAGGGCCGGCGGGAGGAGGCGGGGACGCUGCUGCAGCACCUGCGCCAGGACCUGGGCAUGGAGUCGACCUCGCUGGAUGAUGUUCUGUAUCGCUACGCCAGCUUCCGGAACCUAGUGGACCCCAUCACACACGACCUCAUCAUCAGCCUGGCACGCUACAUCCACUGUCCGAAGCCGGAAGGCGAUGCACUGGGCGCCAUGGAGAAGCUGUGCCGGCAGCUGACAUACCACCUCAGCCCCCACUCCCAGUGGAGACGGCACCGGGGGCUGGUGAAAAGGAAGCCACAGGCCUGUCUCAAGGCUGUCCUGGCAGGGAGCCCCCCAGACAACACAGUGGACCUGUCAGGCAUCCCACUGACCUCCCGAGACCUGGAGCGGGUGACCAGCUACCUGCAGCGCUGUGGGGAGCAGGUGGACAGUGUGGAGCUGGGCUUCACAGGCCUCACGGAUGACAUGGUCCUGCAGCUGCUGCCCGCACUCAGCACCCUGCCCCGCCUCACCACACUGGCACUCAACGGCAACCAGCUGACCCGGGCCGUGCUGCGCGACCUCACUGACAUCCUUAAGGAUCCCAGCAAGUUCCCCAACGUCACAUGGAUUGACCUGGGCAACAACGUGGACAUCUUCUCCUUGCCCCAGCCCUUCCUGCUCAGCCUGCGCAAGCGAUCCCCAAAGCAGGGCCACCUGCCUACGAUCCUGGAGCUGGGUGAGGGCCCGGGCAGUGGGGAGGAGGUCUGGGAAGGAACAGUAGGCCAGGAGGACCCUGGAGGGGGCCCCGUGGCACCUGCCAAAGACCUUGAGGGCAAGGAGACUGUAGCUGCAGCUCAGACGUGACACGGAAGUGAGGGGCCUCACCAGGAAGUCCUUGUGAGGUAGAAUGGCCAAGGCAAACGGGGUGGGCACUUCUCCUAUCAGAAGGGCUAAGGCUAUUGCCAAAAACUGGCCUGGGCAGCCCACCUACAGAGGCAGACCAUAGCAUCUGGGGAAGGGGACUUGUGAUACUUCCCAUUGGUCCUCUCCAUCUGCCCCCACAAAUCUCAUUACCUGCCAUUUGGCUCUUAAGUCAUCCCAGGCCCCAGAGACCCUUCUGAGCUCAGCCCAUGGCCUUCCCCAGAGACUUGUGGAAAUGGGCAUAUUGCUGGAGGUACUGGAAGCCUGAGCCAAUGUGAACACCAAGAGCCAGAGAAGGAAUACAGUAGGGCGCCUAUAUGCAUUACAUUUUUCAUUGGGGGAAACAAGCUCCAGAUGACCAUGUCCCCACUCAAGGGAGGUGGGAAUCUUUAGCAAAAUUCCUGUAACUCAAGAACCUGGGGAAGGGGUUGGUUGUCAGAGACCCCAGUUCCAUCUAUGCUAGGGGUGGACAGAACAUGGUCUACCUACUUAGGGAACCUCAGUCUCCAUUUCUGAGACCCAUCUUGAGUCUAGGCAUCCAGCCACAGGACCAAUUGUUGCUAUGCCCUUUGACACAACAGCCUAUGAUGCCAUGUGGUGCCCAUGCAUACAGGAAUCUAGUCCUGCUCAGAAAUCCCAUAUCCGCCUUCUCUACGGGUGAAAAACUACUAACUUUUGUGUGGGCUCUGGUGUCCAUUGCAUGCAGGCCAAGUGACAAGCCUGGCUUCCUUGUCACUUGCCAGUAUGAUUUCACUGACUUAGGCUGUAAGGACCCUUUCAGGCAAGAUUCCAACACAGAAGACCUGUCAAGAUGGGGCCUAAACUAUGGGGCCCUGCGUGCUGUUAAGGUUGUGGUUAGGAAUGGUGCAAUGCUUCAGGGGCUGAGAGAAAGCUACACCAAGGGACAGAGACCAGAGCGGCAGGGGCCAAAAUUGUGGAGGCCGUAAAUGCUUUGAAUUGUUGCCUCCAGUCUAAAGCUGUGUAAUAGGGGUUAAGAGCUUAGGCUGACCACAGGGAAGUUUACAACCUAUAGCGCUAACAUCUGGACUGCUAAUAUCUGACAAUAGUAGGCGAAAUUUGCUUUUUCUUCAAAUACACAUUUUUAAGAAUCAAUACCAAAGACCAUCCUUUAUUGUAGUAUUAGUUCAUGGUAACAGCAUGAAAACAUUUCAGGAGGAAUUUACAAUUUCCAGCUUAAAGGACUUGGCCGCCCCCCCCCCAACAUAACUUAUUCAUGAAAGUCCAUUCAUUAAAAAAAUGGAAAGACCAUCCUGUUGGGCAGGAUGGCAAAGGACAAAGGUAGAACUUGGCCUGAGCCUUUGGAGGCUGAGGCAGGACGAUCAUCUGAGCCCAGCAGCUUGAGACUGGCCUGGGCAACAUAGCGAAUCCGUCUCAACUAAAAAAUUGUUUUUAAUGAGCCAGGUGUGGUGGUGUGAGCUGGAGUCCCAGCUGUGAGGCAGGAGGCUUGCUGAGGCCUGGGUGAUUGAGGCUACAAUGAGCUGUGAUUGUGCCACCACACUCCAGCCUGGGCAACAGAGCAAGACUGUCUCAAAA